AUGAAGAAAGACUGUAUAGACUACGUCCUCAAAUGUGAUCCUUGCCAAAGAUUUCCAAGCAUCCCAAGAGCCCUACCUAACGAAAUCACCUUAAUGACUAGCCCAUGGCCCUUCGCGGUGUGGAGAAUAGACCUCAUUGGGUCUCUCCCCAUGGGAAAAUUUGGGGUUAAAUAUGCAAUAGUGGUGGUGGAUUAUUACACGAAAUGGACGGAGGUUGAACCUAUGAAGAUUAUAACUGCCAAGAAAGUCUUGGUGUUUGUUAUAAAGAACAUUGUGUGUCGAUAUAGGUUCCCUCACAAGAUAGUCUCAGAUAAUGGUAAACAAUUUGAUUGUGAUGAAUUCACAGACUUCUGCAACAAACACAAAGUCAUAAAGAGCUUCUCUACGGUCGCGAGGCCACAGACAAAUGGACAGGCAGAAGCCGUCAAUAAGAUACUUAAGGUCAUCCUUAUGGAAAAACUCUAG